UCUCAUGUUCUAUUAUUCUUACGAAUUGACUCGGACCCAAUGUAAACAGAAAGUGCACGGAGAAAUAAUGGAUGAUAUAAAAGAUGUUCAACUUGUGGAGUGCGAGAAGUCAAAUUACAUCAAGCCGAUACGGGUUUUAUUCACACAGAAUGGAAGGAAGAGAGCAUGGGAUGCUAUGAAGGUUCAUGACAGCGUAGCAAUAUUGAUCUACAACUCAAGCCGAAAUGUGUUUAUCCUUGUCAAGCAGUUUAGACCAGCUGUGUACAUUAACGCCGCGAAAUCCAUGCAGGAUGAAACAGGUAAUGUGACCAUAGACCACACGAAAUACCCGGGCUCUCUUGGGUUGACCUAUGAACUGUGCGCUGGUAUUGUGGAUAAGGAGAAAUCUGUUGCCGAGAUCGCACAGGAGGAGAUUCUAGAGGAAUGCGGGUACAAGGUCACAACAGAAAGUCUGCGGAGGAUUACAGGAUUUAGAAAUGGUGUGGGUACGUCAGCGGCUUAUCAAGAUAUGUUUUAUGUUGAGGUAACAGAUGAAAUGAAAGUUUCGCCAGGGGGAGGUAACCAACACGAAGGUGAACUGAUUGACAUUGUUGAAAUACCACUUUCUGAGGGAAGGACUUUUAUGAUGGACGAGUCGAAACCAAAACAUGUUGGAGUUAUGUUCGCUAUUAUGUGGUUUUAUGAAAAUAUACAAUCAAAAAAGGUGUAGAAUCAUUUGUGGUAAAUUUAAGUGUAGCAUUAAAAAGUUAUGUAGUUAAAACACUGAACUUUUGUUAUAAAGGCUAUAAUCAGAACGUUAUACAAAAGUAUAUGGGACCAAAGACUUUGGCUUAGAUCAUAUGAUGGAGAAGUGAGUUAAAGUGACAUUCCAGUUCAGCCUAUGUAGAGUGUGAGUUUAGACUGACUUACCAACGGCCCAAAAAUUCUUUUCGAUAUACCUUGAUGCACCAAAAUUGCUGAAACUUUUUAAACAACGUUUGAAGGUUUGGUGCGAAACCGUUUUAACGCAUAUGAAAUAAAGAAUAAUGUACAAUCGUUUCGCACCAAGCCCUCCAUAUACUAUGCAAGUCUAUUGCUUAACUUUUCAAGGCACAAGACAUGGUAGAGUACUCAUCAAGUACCUGUAUUACUGUCUUACUUAGUGGACGUAAUAUAUUGUUAAUCAAACAUUUGUUUGUCUUGGUUUUAGUGUGCAAAACGACAAAGCGUAGGCAUAGGAAAUCAAUUAUAGAGAGAUCAAUAUAAAUGUACCUUUACUAAUCCUACCAGGUGUUCUGUAUUACAAAAGUGCUUCUGUUGUGACAUUUUGAUACAAGCAAAACUGUAUUAUCUGCACUAUUAUUUACUUACUGGUACUUCAUUUUAAGCUUGACUAUUCGAAGAAUAGGGGAGCUAUCCUACUCGCCCCGGCGUCGGCGUUAGCGUGAGCGUCACACAAAUGUUAAAGUUUGCGUACCACCCCAAAUAUUUUCAAAGUCCAUUGAGAUAUUGCUUUCAUAUUUUGCAUACUCGUUUACCAUCAUGACCCCAGUCUGUAAAAAGUAGGAGGCAACUCUAUCAAGCAUUUUGACUGAAUUAUGGCCCCUUUUCGACUUAGAAUAAAUGUUAAAGUUUGCGUACCAACCCAAACAUUUUCAAAGUCCAUUGAGAUAUUGCUUUCAUAUUUUGCAUACUUGUUUACCAUCAUGACCCCAGUCUGUAAAAAGGAGGAGGCAACUCUAUCAAGCAUUUUGAAUGAAUUAUGGCCCCUUUUCAACUUAGAAUAAAUGUUAAAGUUUGCGUACCACCCCAAACAUUUUCAAAGUCCAUUGAGAUAUUGCUUUCAUAUUUUGCAUACUUGUUUACCAUCAUGACCCCAGUCUGUAAAAAGGAGGAGGCAACUUUAUCAAGCAUUUUGACUGUAUUAUGGCCCCUUUUCGACUUAGAAUAUGCUUAUUGUAAUGUUAAAGUUUUACUCAUUGCUUAUUAUUAUACUAUCAAGCACUGAGAAUAGUCGAGCGCGCUGUCCACUGACAGCUCUUGUAUUAUUGUCUUGUUAAAAGUAAGUUGACAUAUACUUAGGUACCAUGUUUUGAGGGGUAAAUCAAACAAAAAUGAAAAAAUCCUAAACGUUUUUGUUGUGCAAAAAUGUAUGA